CUUGGUUGGUUAUUCUUCCUCUCUCUUUGUCUCUGCUACUGAAAUGCUCUUUUAUCUCUAUCUCUCUAUCUAUCUAUCUAUCUAUCUAUCUGGGAUUCCUCUAAAUUAAACUCGCACUCUCGCGGAAUCACCUCUCAUGCCUUUGCUUGAGAUGACACUGAGGGCGCCUAUGCCUUCUUCAUAUUACCAUGCCGGAAGAGACUCAAGUUGGAAAUCCAUGGACUUUGACAAGCUUCAAAAGGAGAAUUUCAAUGUCGGCCGCCUUAACUUGAACAAGUUUCCAUUCCUUAUUAAGGCAGUUGCUACCUGUGAACCCGACACUUUGCUUCCCAAACACGACAAAUGCGACCUGCUUCCCAAUCCUCACUCUUCUCUUGAUUUUUCUGACGACGAACCAGAAGUUGCUCUCCAGGACUGCGAAAAGUUGAGAAGAAUGAGGAUUUCAAAAGCUAAUAAAGGCAACAUGCCAUGGAACAAAGGAAGAAAGCACAGUGCUGAAACUAUUCAGAAAAUCAAGGAAAGAACAAGGCUAGCAAUGCAGAAUCCUAAGGUCAAAUUGAAGUUGAAGAAUCUCGGGCAUGCACAAACCACAGAAACGAAACAGAAGAUUGGUGCUGGAGUGAAGUUGCGAUGGGAAAGGAGGCGUGGAAUGAAGGUGGUACAGGAGACUUGCUGCUUUGAGUGGCAAAAUUUAAUUGCAGAAGGUUCAAGGCAAGGCUAUGUUGGUCAGGAAGAGCUGCAAUGGAAUUCCUAUGAAAUCUUGGAUGAACAGUUGAAGCAGGAGUGGUUGGUGAGUAUUGAUCAAAGGAAACGAAUGCCUGGGGCACCAGGCAGCAAAAGAGCGCCCAAGUCCCCUGAACAGAGGAGGAAAAUUGCAGAAGCCAUUGCUGCAAAAUGGGCUGAUCCUGAAUACCGCGACAGAGUUUGCUCUGCAUUGGCCAAGUAUCAUGGCAUUGAAGCGGGUGCUGAAAGGAAACCUCGAAGAAGACCAAGUGAUGUUGCACGCCCUGCCAAGAGAAAAACAACCACUGAUUCUGGCGAUAGAUUAAAGUCUGGCCCCAAAAUUCUUAACCCUAUUCGACUCCGAAAAAGCAAAUCCCCUGCCUAUAUAGAUCCUUUGGUGAAUUCCAAGCUUGAGAUGAUAAAGAACAUUAGAGCACAGAGAGCUUCUGAAGAAACCAGACAAACUCAUGCCAUUGAACGAGCAAGGCUAUUGAUUGCUGAGGCUGAGAAAGCUGCCAAGGCUCUUGAGGUUGCUGCGACAAAGAGCUCCAUUGCACAGUCUUCUCUCAUAGAAACCAGAAAGCUUAUAGCUGAAGCUAUUCAAACACUUGAAUCCAUUGAUACACAAGGUGUAACUGAGAGUAAUGUUCCUUCGGUGGGUUUGGAUGAGAUCAGUGAGGAAAACGGAUCAGCAUUCAAAGUUCUAGACCAAUCCCAAAUGGCCCAAGUAAAUGGACACUCGACAUUAUCAUCAAGUGACUACAAGUUCUCUGAAGAUUUUGGUGAGUUUCCCUUGGAGAAACCAGUUAUUGGUGAUCAAGAACUUCACCUAACCAAUGGCUGUGCUUCACUACCUUAUACUUUAAUUAGCCAGAUGAAUGAAUCUAGUCCAUCAAAUGAACAAAGGGAAGCAGAACAGGAUCAUUGCAGUGAACGCAAAACAGAUCCCUCUCCAACUGUGAUGGGAACUCAGUCUCUUGAAGAUGGGACACUAUCUAGAUCACCUACUGUAGUAACUAGAAAGUGGGUUCGCGGAAGGCUCGUUGAAGUGGCUGAAGAGGAAAAAUAAAUUGUGUAAAGCUUAGCUCAGUUUUCAAACACAAUACAUAGCAAUGCCAUAUCUUUCGCUGCAUGUUAUGUAGAUCACCAUAAGUACCACAUAUUUUUAUUCCUUGACAGUGUUACAAGUGCUAUGCUGCACUCAUUCAAAUCAUGAUUUGCCUCCUAUCAGCGCUGCAGCACCCAACCACGUGUAGGAAGGCAGGUGCACUUCUGUCAGUUCACUAGAUUUUCUAAUUCAGUUAAUCAUGCUACGUUAAACUAUGUAUCAAUCAUAUGAAUAUUUUGUUACAUUAUAGCUUUGAGUUGGUUUGAGUACUUAAUGCUGUAGUUUCGCAGCAACUGCAGAGAUUUGAGUGCCAAUUGCCUCUCAGCCAGGAAAUUCUAUUGUAA